AUGAUGGAUUCAAAACGUCAACAAUUACAGUACUUGUUAAAUAUUUCAGUUUCUACGUAUCCCGUUAGUCCAUCUUUGUCGAGUCAUUAUUUACGCAAAUUUUAUGGGUUAAUGGAAGAAUGGGACCUUGAAUUGGAACCAAAUACAUUGCUUAAUGGGUGUAAAAAAUGUGGAAGUAUCUUUUUAAUUGGGAAAACUGCAUCUAUCCGGACGCAUUCGCAUCAUCGAAAAGAAAGGUCUGACUUACCUAAAGGACAAGUUGCAAGGAUGGAAACAAGCUGGUUCCUCGCUUGUAAUGUUUGUGGUGGUAAUUUUGAGGUUUCUGUUGGCGCCCCAGCGAGGAUUCAUAAAAGUAGAGCUGCCUUGCGGGCCGGUGAAGCUGCUAAAGCUAAAAAGACAGAGGAAGCCAGUACUCAACACGCAAGCUUGGAUACUACCAAGACAUCCAAAAACAUGAAAGGUAGGCAACGGCAAAAGAUUCGAUCCUCAGGAUUGAAUGGGAUCUUGGCUAAGAAAAAGGAGCGUGAGGCGGAAAGUAAGUCCUCUUCAUCAUUGAAUCUGUCCGAUUUUAUGUCUACUAUUUAA